GUGAAAUGUUCACUUCCUGAUCAUUAGUGCUUGCUCGCAUCGUUUACCACAAAGUUCGUCUGCCAACUUUACCCACAUUCAUUACCUAAAUAUGCCAUCAAGGAGAUGGUUUCACUCUGACAUAUCGGGCUUCGAUGCCGAAAAGUUGUUGUUAGAGCGAGGAUUUGAUGGCAGCUAUCUUGUCCGGCCCAGCAAAAGCAAUCCUGGUGAUUUUACUUUGUCGGUGCGGAGAGAUGGUGAGGUGACGCAUAUAAAGAUACAGAACACAGGAGAUUUUUAUGACUUAUAUGGAGGGGAAAAGUUUGCCACCUUGUCAGAAUUGAUCCAGUUUUAUACAGAAAAUCCUGGGCAGCUGCGAGAAAAGAAUGGUCUGGUCAUUGAAAUGAAAUUUCCUCUUAACUCCACAGAUCCAACAACAGAAAGAUGGUUUCAUGGCCAUAUGUCUGGUAAGGAGGCCGAGACCAUGAUGUUGGAUAAAGGUAAAAAUGGAAGCUUUCUGGUAAGAGAAAGCCAAAGCAAGCCAGGAGACUUUGUUCUCACUGUCAGACUGGAAGACAAAAUCACUCAUGUCAUGAUCCGCCAUCAUACGGACGGGAAGUAUGAUGUUGGCGGUGGAGAGAAAUUUGAAGAUUUGACAGAUCUUGUGGAACACUACAAAAAAAACCCUAUGGUCGAAAAAUCUGGCACUGUUGUGCAGCUUAAAACACCAUUUAACAACACAAGAAUUAAUGCUGCAGCAAUUGAGGAUCGAGUCAAAGUUUUACAAAAGGAGAACAAAAAUGUGUCUGGAAAAGCUGGAUUUUAUGAGGAGUUUGAAGUUCUUCAGAAGCAGGAAAGCAAACACCUUUACAGUAGAAAAGAAGGAGAACGGCCUGACAACAAAGCAAAGAACAGAUACAAGAACAUUCUACCAUUUGAUCACAGUCGUGUUAUUUUGGAUAAUGCUGAUCCAAAUACCAUUGGAUCAGACUAUAUCAAUGCCAAUUAUGUUGGGCCUAGUGACUCAGAGGAAGCAUCCAAACGAUACAUUGCUGCUCAGGGUUGCCUUCCGAGCACUGUGGAAGAUUUCUGGCACAUGGUUUUCCAGGAGAACAGCCGGAUCAUUGUUAUGACAACCAAGGAAGUGGAACGGGGAAGGAACAAGUGCACUCGUUAUUGGCCUGACGCUGAAACUACUAGGAAUGUUGGUCCCUAUCGCGUCAGGCAUAUGAAGGAGACAGAAUUUACUGACUAUACUUUGAGGGAGUUUGAAAUGACUUCAGAAACAAAUCCCAUACCUAGUACAAUAUAUCAAUUCCAUUACACUGGAUGGCCUGAUCAUGGUGUACCAAAGGAUCCAAGCCCUGUUUUACACAUUCUUCAUGAAGUCAACGGCAAGCAGCAGUCUAUUCCAAUGGCUGGACCAAUCAUUGUGCACUGCAGUGCUGGCAUUGGAAGAACUGGUACAUUUAUUGUUAUAGACAGUUUGGUCAAUAUGAUCAAAGAACAAGGCCUUGACUGUGAAAUUGAUAUUUCUAAGAGUAUUCAAAAUGUCAGAGCGCAGAGAUCAGGAAUGGUACAAACAGAGGCGCAGUAUGAGUUUAUUUACAAAGCUAUUCAACACUACAUCAGCACAGAGACCGCAAGGUUAAACAGUGACAAUCCGAAUCUUGCCGUCUACGGGAAUUUGGCGAACGUGAGAAAAGGAGGUGAAAGUGAGGCACCUCCUCCAAUUCCUGGUUAUAACGUCGACAAACCCCAGCCAAAACUUCCCGGGGAAGGUGACGAACCCGAUUCAUCUCCAAAACUUCCUCCUCGAGUAGGUGACGCCUAGGAUGUUGAUGGUCCUCCACCUCCUCUGGCUCCAAGAAACAUGGGAAACGUGUAAUUUUAAAUAAGAAAAUCACCGCGUUUUUAUAGAAGACAGUUAAAAGUAAUUUAUACCAAUUUGAAUACUUGUAGCUCGGCCGCUAUGUCACGUCACCGCACAUUACGAAACCAGCUUAUUACUAGUUCGUCACGCAAUCCUUUUCUUCCCACUGAUGGGGAUGUAUUGCGUGUCGUCCGAAGAACAAUAGAAUUAAUUUUAAAUGCUGGAAGUUAUUUGUGUGGUUUAUUUGCGUCGAGAUGAUAUAGGCACUGAAAUCAAUAACUAAAAAUGUGGGGAAUUGUGACCUUUAUAGACUGUAUGUGUGCAUCUCCAUAAAACCCUCCCCAGCUCAGUCCACUGCUGAACUCUACACAGCAACCAUGUGACACUCAGAAAUCUUCUUUUUUCGCUUCUCUUUCGUUUUUUGCAUUGAUUGCCAUAUUUUUGGUUAUAUCGUUUAAGAUAAUCUGACUUUUUUCCCACGAAUCACGAGCUACUAUUUUUAUUAACCAAUUUUACACCCAAGAUCUGAUUGUUAAUUCUACCCUCUAGCUGCUACAUAUUUCCAUGUAAGUUAGGUACGAGAAUUUGGUGUUAGAUCAAGAUAACUUUUACUGAUACGUUUAAGUAUUCUCCUUACCUGUUUGUUGGAUAAUGUGUGGAUAUUAUAAGGAGAAGUUACAUGUUAAUUACUUCUGGGAGUUAAAAAAUUGUGAUUGCAUGUGAAAUUUAAACAGAUUGACAGGCUGUUAUUGAUAUGUAGAUAGCGGGUAUUUUAUAAUGUAAAUUGAAUGCAUUUUAUCCAACAAUGCAGUUGGACUUGCAUUACACUGAUUUAGAUGAAAAAACUUUUCUCAAAUUGUACUCAGAUUUAGAAAUGAAGCCCUAUUGAAUACUACCAAUGAUAUUAUUUGAUGGAACUACAAUCAGUUUAGCUAGAAUAAAAGCUACAAAAAUACAAUUCGCAAUAAAUUUUAUAAUUAAUUUCUGAGCAAGUUUUUCUGUACAAAAAAUGUAUUCCUUAGAUAACGCUGUAAACGAUUUGUUCAGGUGUUUACAGUUUGUUCUCAUGAAAUCAAGAAGUUUAUUUGUAUUUUGA